UGUGAAAAACAAACAUGUCCGCCUUCCCCUCUUUUUUUUUUUUUUAUCCAGAUGCAAUCAUCCUUCUCAGAUCAGUCUGGGGGCAAAGGAAGAGGCACAGGACCACAAGCCUAUUCUGCUGCUGGUCAGAAAGUGCUGAACCCCCAUCAGGUCAAGCCUUUUGUUUACCUUCACAUCCUGACAAUAUGCACACUGUGUGGGCUUCUGUGCUGUUCUGCUCUCUUCUGCUCAGCUUCCUACCUACCGGAGCAGAGGAGAGCAAUGCAGCAGGAAGGAGAAAGGAGAGGGAGAAACGAAGCCUACCCUACUGGGGCCUGUGGUCGUCAGACUUCUUUGGGUGGUUGGAGGAGCUGCGAGCCCGGGCGGCUCACAACAAGAUGCAGGACCUGGCUCGUACCUUCUGGGCUCACUUCCCCAUCAGCAGCCAGCUGGGCUAUGACAGUCCAGAGUCUGAGCCUGAGCCUGAGGAGUGAGACAGAGGGGACACGGUGCACAGCCUGAGGAUGGGUGAUAGUUGGUCAGACAGUCGAGAGUAGCUUGGUAACCUACGAGCUAUUUUUACCCUUGUGCUUUAUUAACACUGACUUUUGUAUGUGUACAAACAAUU